AUGGCUUUAAAUCCACAAUAUUCACAUACUACUACACCAAUUACAGAAGCUUGGUUAAUUAAAGCUCUUCGUCUUGUAUAUUCAAAAAAGCCUAGUGAUCGUGAUAAACUACGUAAAUUAUAUAAAGAAGCUUGUGAAAAUGAAGCACAAGUUGUACAUAUGACUCUUGCUGAAGCUCUACGUGAACCUCGGGACUGUAAUACUACAAAUUAUGAAUCAAAUGAUCGAGAUACAUCCACUUCUACUCAUUCCACACAACGAACUCGUGUAGCACAAUCCGUGAAUGAUCCAAGCCAAUCUUCAUCUUCGUCCAUUUGUACAACAACUACUAAUAAUAUAGUUACAAAUGAUUCUAUGAGUUCAAUGAAUACGAGUAACAGUGGAACUUCAUUAUACACUACUACAUCCACCUCUAAUCCUGAUCAGCUUAUAAGUUCUACUACUACCACUAAUAAUAAUAGUACUUCUGGCAUACCUACUUCACCAGUGAUUGGGACUACCAUGAAUUCAAAUCCAACUAUAAAUCGUGCAAAUAAACGUAAUAAAGUGGCAUUUUUCAAUAUUUUUGAUGUUGCUUCAUCAACGUCCAGUAACAGUUCCACAUCAAAUACUCCAGUAGUUUCGAAAAACAAUACAGCACAACAAUCUUUAAACCAGUUAGAUAAUGCAUUAUCAAUCGAGUCAAUUGAUUUCACUAGUACAACAAUUCAACUAUGCACUAUUUCUUCAACAAAUGAUGAUAAUCAAGGAAUAGCAAUGGAUUCAGUGAUAGGCAACACUGGAACAACUAAUAACAUUUCAAUACAUUCUAAUUUAUCUAAUCGUAUUAUAGAUCUUACAUUUACAGAUAAUGAAACCGCAUCGAUUUCACCUUCCUUGGCUAAUAAUACCACCACUUCUGCUAAUAAUGUUGCUGUUACUCUGCCUUUAACUGAAAAUAAACAAAUGGCUACUGGAAAAGUGAUGAAUCCUCCUACUGUAAAUACUACAACAACAACUACAUAUAUUCCUACAGUAUCAUCAGUAUCACCGCAGCCGCCAUCAAUUUCUUCCUCUUCUGUUGUUACUGUUAUUGGUGCGUUGACAAAAUCAAGCCAAGAUAAUUCUACUUUCAAUACUAGUACUAAUAAUAAUGCACGUUUAUUGGCUGCAAGUCUAGUCGCAGAUCUUGUGUGUCGUGUAUGUGGUCGUCUGUCACAACAACCACAAUUAGAACCGGACAAUAAAACAUUGAAUGCGAAUGUACUAGUGGAGUGCAUCAAAUGUGGUUCAUUAUAUCAUCAAUUAUGUCAUCAACCAUUGAUAUUAAUGUCAACACCCAAACAACAAUGGUUAUGUAUAAAUUGUUCGAUCAGUACCACUACUAAUACAACAAUUUUCGAUCCUUCAUAUGUAUCGUCUGUAUCUGCGUUAACAACAUCAGUAUCUUACACAGCUACAUCGUCUUCGAAUUCUACGCUUACUACUUUAGCAAUAUCAGCUAAUUCAACAUGUGUUAAUAACAUGCCAACGGAGUCUAUGAUACCGUGUAGCGUAAUACAAUCUGAUGGAAAUAUUUUAUCAAGAGAUGUAACCAUAAUUGCAGAUCAUAAUAAUAAUAAUAAUGAAUGUUCUUUCUCAUCAUCAACACAUCAUUCAUCUCUAAUUUUAUCUAAUCCAGUUCAAUUUCAGUCUCUAGGAACAACUUCAACUGUUACAACACCACAAACAUCAUCAUUACCAGUGUGUACUUCUACUUCUACUCCUACUACUACUAAUAAUUCUAUUACUACCGUUAAUUUGACUACAUCUUCUAGUACAGUCAAUGUUGGUGCACGUAAACGUAAACCAGCAUUCACAAGUUCAUUAUCUGGUCUACCUCGUAAAUUAAAAGAUGAUUAUAAUUGAUUUAUUGUCCCUCUUUUUUGUUCUUUAAAUUUGGAGAGAUGAAUAUUGAGUUUGAAUUUUACAAAAUAAUGUACAAUCACAAUAAUCUGCG